ACAACCUCAUUCUCACUUGGCACAGUGAAUAUGUUGAGGAGGCCACCCUAUCACUGACCAAAAGUUUGGUCUUCAUGUGGCGUGUUUCAUUUUUGAAAUCUAAUUAUUAGGAAAAUUAAUUAAAAUAUUUAAUUUAUCCACCUAAUUUAAUCAUGAAGAUCGGUUUAUGCAUUUACAGUGGGUACAAGAUCUACCCUGGUCAUGGUAAAACCCUCGUCAAAGCUGACGGAAAAGUUUUCACUUUCUUGAACUCAAAAUGUGAAAGAGCCCAUCUUAUGAAGAGAAACCCACGUAAAGUAACCUGGACCAUGUUAUACAGGCGUAAACAUAAGAAGGGUCAGGAAGAAGAAACCUCAAAGAAACGUGUGCGACGUGUGAACAGAGGACAGAAAGCUAUCGUCGGAGCUUCUUUGACCGAAAUUUUGGCAAUGCGAAAUGUUAAACCUGAAGUUCGUAAAGCUCAGAGGGAGCAAGCUAUCAAGAUCGCUAAAGAACAGAAAAAAGCUACGAAAGCGUCGAAGAAACCUCCUCCACCCCCACCGACGAAAGCUAAGGGUAAACAAAACAAAGUUAAAGCGUCCAAAAUGCAACAGAAAGCUGCUGCUCCUCGUGUCGGUGCUAAACGAUAAAAUUGUUUAUGCUUUGUUUUGUAAAUAUGUGCUUUUAUUCUUCUAAUUAUAACGUUUUGACAGA